AUGGCGACCAACCCAGGGGAGCAAGCCUGCCAGCUGUGCCACCAGGCACACUUGGCCCCCGACCUGUAUGGACGGAAGAGACAGGAAGGAGGCUUCUGUUUCCAUCGCUACUGCCUGUUCUUUGCCAGUGGACUCUAUCCUGUCACUACCAGCUCAGGUCGGGUGGGCUUCUUCCCCUCUCAUGUUCAAAGCGUCCUUGACCACGCAGCACAGAAGAUAUGUUGUGUCUGUGGCAAGAGUGGGGCUUGCAUCAACUGCUGGGUGCUGGGCUGUAGGCGAAGCUUCCACCUGCCCUGUGCCCGGCAGGGUGAAUGCAUCACUCAGUACAACUACUACAGGGCCUUCUGCUCACACCAUCGCCCACGGCAGGCAGUGGACAGGGACCCAGAGCCCCACACCGACUGCCUGCUCUGCUUCGAGGCUGUGGACGACAGCAAGUCCUACACCACCAUGGGGUGCCCAGCGUGCCAGCACGCCUGGUUCCACAGGCGCUGCAUCCAGGGCCAUGCUCUGCGUGCUGGCUCUUCAGCUUUCUGCUGCCUGCUCUGCAGGGACAAAGAGCACUUCCAGCAGGAAAUGCUCAGGAUGGGCAUCCGCAUCCCCAGGAGACCACCUGCAUGGGAGACCGCAGAGGCAUUCGAAGGCCUCAUGGCCAGGCACAGCCGCUGCGAUGCCAGCCACUGCCUGUGCCCAGCAGGCAGGGAACAGGCAGAGGAGGAAGGGCCCUGGCAGCUGCUUCUGUGCAGCUCCUGUGCUGCGGAAGGAACCCACAGGAGCUGCUCCAGCCUGAGGGACAGCGCAGACAGCUGGGAGUGCCAAGGCUGUGCCGGCCCCAGCACCGCUUCCAGGGCCGGCUCCGAGACGCCUGCCCCCAGCAGUGCCAGCCGGGCCGGACCGGGGCCUCGCCAGGGCUCCGCAGGGCCUGAGGGCAGCAGCCGCUCCGCCGCCCCUGGGCCCGUGUGGGUGCGAGUCGGCUCCCGCCUGCAGCGCCGCGCUCACCACCAGCCCUACAGCCGGCCCCGGAGACGCCGCUAG